CGAACAGACUGUGUUGUGUGACCCGGCCUCUAUUUUCUUUUUCUUUUUAUACAAUAAUUUUUAUUUUUGGGGUGGUGUCUUCACUAUAUCUUAGUUUCUCAACUAAUCUCAUUAAAUCCUUUUAGAGUAGUAUUGAAUGCUUGAAUUAAUAAGGCAUUCCACCUUAUACUACUUUCACCAAAAUUUCUAUUAUUAGCUGCCGUGCAAGCGCGUGCAGGCGCGUCAAUGUAGAGAAAAAGAGAAGUGAUCGAUCAGCUUUUUCCUUUUGCCUUUAGGGCUUUUUAGUUUUACUACAGUGACUUUCAUUUUCUCUCUAUGUAUGAAAUUAUGAAAGAAAAUGGGUUGAGAGCUAUAAUCACUCCCUUUUUUUUAAAUUGUAAACCCUCAUACAAUAAACAUUUCACCCAAAAACAAAAGCAAAAAGGGUAAACCAGACAACAUACUUUUAUUUUAUAUUUCUCUCUCUCUCAACGACCGAUUUGUGGGCAUUAAUGAGAGAGCUCUGAAAAGUUUUUAGUGCAUUGUCAGAGUGUGAGAGAAAGACUAGUCCUGGAUUGUCAAAAACCAGUCUGGCUACGAUUAUUGCCAUUCAUUACUCUUUCAUCUAUAUAACCUAUCUCUAUAAUACUCUCUUUUCUCUACUAUAUUAUAUUGCCUAGCCCCAACUACACACUACUCUCUUACACUUUCAACCUCUUCCCCUUCUUCCUUAUAUAUAUUUUUACCUACUUCUUCACAUUUUGUACUCUCCAUUCUCUCUUCUUUCUCCUUCUUAGUUUAUCAUCACUACAUAUAUACAAAACAUUUAUACACAUUUAUAUAUGAUACCCCCCAUUGUACGGUGAUCAAGUAAUAAACCAUUUUUAUUUUGUUUUCAUUGUAUCAAAACAAGCUAUAUAUACUAAUUCUUUUACACACAUACCCUUUUACGUUUGUAUAACUUCUUCAUUUUUCAGCUAUCUCAGCUGAAGUUCGAUAACGCUAGCACAGAAGCAUUUUCUCGGGAAAAAGAGCUUUCCCGGGAAAAACUAUACAUUUUGAAAGCUUAUAUUCGUAGUGAGAUGGAGAUUUCUACCGCUUUGAUGCUUUUAACGGCGAUUACAGCUUAUUUGCUUUGGCUCACUUUCAUUUCACGUUCACUGAAAGGUCCACGUGUCUGGCCCUUAUUGGGUAGUCUACCCGGUUUGAUCGAGAAUUGUGAUCGCAUGCAUGACUGGAUCUGUGAUAACCUACGCGCAUGUGGUGGCACGUAUCAAACAUGCAUCUGUGCCAUCCCAUUCCUUGCCAAGAAGCAAGGUCUCGUGACUGUCACGUGCGACCCGAAGAAUCUAGAGCACAUACUAAAGACCCGAUUCGAUAAUUACCCGAAAGGUCCCACGUGGCAAGCCGUUUUCCAUGAUCUACUCGGUCAAGGUAUUUUCAACUCCGAUGGAGACACGUGGCUGUUUCAGAGGAAAACUGCCGCACUGGAAUUCACAACCAGGACACUUCGCCAAGCCAUGGCUAGGUGGGUAAGCCGUGCAAUUAAGCUCAGAUUCAGCCCAAUUCUAAAAGAAGCCGAGGAAAAAGCCCAGCCAGUCGAUCUCCAAGAUCUAUUACUUCGGCUCACCUUCGACAAUAUUUGUGGGUUGGCUUUCGGUAAAGAUCCUCAGACUUGCGCUAAAGGACUUCCAGAAAACGGCUUCGCCACGGCUUUCGAUCGAGCCACCGAAGCGUCACUCCAGCGGUUUAUUAUGCCGGAGGUGCUUUGGAAGCUGAAGAAAUGGCUUCGGCUAGGAAUGGAAGUCAGCUUGAGCCGCUCCUUGGAACACAUAGAGGAGUAUUUAUCGAGUGUGAUAGAUUCACGUAAGCUGGAGCUACAACAGCACAAGGAUGGGAACCCUCACGACGAUUUAUUAUCGAGGUUCAUGAAAAAGAAAGAGUCGUACACAGACAAGUUCCUUCAAGAGGUGGCACUUAAUUUCAUCCUGGCUGGACGUGACACGUCAUCGGUUGCUCUCAGCUGGUUCUUCUGGCUUGUCAUCCAAAACCCUUCCGUCGAGGAGAAGAUCCUUCGCGAGAUCUGCAGUGUCUUGAUCGAGACACGUGGCAGCGACAUCGCCACGUGGACCGAUGAGCCGCUGGUCUUCGAGGAGGCCGAUCGCCUUGUUUACCUCAAGGCUGCUCUCUCCGAAACUCUCCGAUUGUACCCGUCGGUUCCUGAAGACUCGAAGCAUGUCGUUAAGGACGACAUUUUGCCGGACGGGACCUUUGUCCCGGCUGGAUCUUCGGUGACAUACUCGAUCUACUCGACGGGGAGAAUGAAGUCGACCUGGGGCGAGGACUGCCUGGAAUUCCGGCCAGAGCGUUGGCUUUCGCCGGACGGGACGAGGUUCGCGAUGAUGGACACGUAUAAGUACGUGGCGUUCAAUGCAGGGCCGAGGAUUUGCCUUGGGAAGGAUCUGGCUUAUCUUCAAAUGAAGUCAAUCGCGGCGGCUGUUCUUCUCCGGCAUCGGCUGAGCGUCGUUCCCGGCCAUCAAGUGGAGCAGAAGAUGUCAUUGACUCUGUUCAUGAAGUAUGGUCUUAAGGUAAAUUUACAGCCCAGGGAAUUGGAGGGAAUCCUGACGAGUUUGAAGGGUGAAAGUGAUGCAGCUAUGAAAACGACGAUGAAUUCGGUGUCGUUUAGUGUCGCCGUUAAGUGUAACGGCAAAUGUAACGGAGUCAGCGAGACAGGUGGAAAUAAGAGUGAGAUGGUAGUUGGGGUUGCUUAAUUAAGGGCAUGUUUGGAUGUCCGAAUAGGUAGGGUCCGGAGGUGGGUUUGAAAUCUGAGUGUACAUUUAAAGAAGUGGUGGGACCCACGCGUUUUGUUUGGUUUCGGGGUUUUAUAUGGUGCAGUCAGCUUUAGCCACCCAGAAGAAAGAAAUUAUUUACGGAACUGUACACGUGUUGGACACUCGUUCUUCCGAAGGUAAUUAAAGAGAAGUGGAACUGAGAUAAAUAGACAAGUGAUUUUAUAUAUAGAAGAACUACUAAACAGCUAUCAAUCUUUAUUUUUAAAUUCUUUUUCUUUUGUUUUGUUAUUGUUUGUUCAGACAAUAUGAAUUUCUUCAAACAACAGUUUUAUUAAUUUUGUUGUUGUUGUUGUAUUAUUAUUAUUAUUUUUAUUUUUUUUCCAUUGAUAAGAUAAGGAACAAUAUCAUUAAUUUAUUAGUAAUGCUUCUAUAUUGUGUAACUGAAAGAUGCAUAAUUAAGUACAAAUUUUAUUUUUAA